GAUCAGGUCCCUCCAGUUUUUUCUGGCAUCUCGCCAGCAUGAUGAGCCUAAUCUUCCACCCCUAGUAUCUCUCGAUCGAUUCGAAUGCGCUUAUUAUGCCCGUCGGGCUAACUUGCACCAUAGUCGCUUGUACAACCAGCUGACGGUUUCCACCCACUCUGGGUCGCAUUGCUCCCGUUGUCGGAAUUAUUUGCAAGAGCUACUACUUGUGCUACUGGCGGUACGUGUCAAGGGCUUCUCCACGCGGUCGUUACGGCCGCCGCACGGCGACACGUGCACAGCGGCGUGUGUGUGAGGCGACGGUAGCCGACAACACUGACUAAACCAACUCCGGCGGCGGCGGUUCGCAUCUCGCGGCGCGUCGAUUUGUCCGCCCAACAAGACGCUCCACGACCCCGCGCAAAGGCCGAAGAGGCGCAAAGGAGCGCAGCCGGGGAUCUCCCCACGCGCGGAGACUCCGCCGUCAUGAUGGAGGAAAGCGCAGCGGCGGAACCUCCACCGCCGCCGCCGCCCGCGCGCCGCCGCCGUCAGCAGAGCGUGCUGGAGCUCUUCCAGUCUGCCCUGUUCGCGCCGAAAGGCCGUCCAACGCGCGCGCGCGGCGCAUCAGCCGCUCCGCUCGUUUCCCGCGAGGCGGAGCUGGGCGCCGCCGGCGCUGAGCCACCGACCGCGGCGACUGCAUCUUCCGCCACCCCGGGCGCGGAAGACGCCGCGAGCGGAACCGCCGCCGCCGCUCGUGCCGCCGGUGCAUCGGCGGCACCGGCGGUUACUGCUGGCGGCGGAGAUGGCGGGGAUGGCGGAUCUGGCGGAGCUGGCGGAGUUGGCGGAAGCGCUAGAGGUGUGUCGGCGGAGGUCCUUCUCGCCGUGGGCGGAAUGGCGUGCGCGGCGUGCGCCGCCUCCAUUGAAAAAGCGCUUCUGCGCCUCGAGGGCGUGUCGGGCGCAACCGUCUCCGUUAUAAGCGAGCGCGCUAAGGUCACAUUCGACAACACGGUGACGAACGAGGACGAAAUAGCGAACGCUGUCGAGGACGCGGGAUUUGACGUCAGCAUCGUCUCCUGCACCACCGCCGCCGCACCUCCCGCAGCCGGCGGCGCCGCCGGCGGAAGCGCCAACAACGCAGCAGGCGACGCGGCGGCGGCCGCCGCGACGGGAGCGGCAGCAAGCGCGGGAGGGCUUCCCAAGUCGAUGGGUGGGGCGCGCGCGAUCCGCUUCCGCGUGCCGGCGGCGGAACUCCACGCGGAACCUCAAGUUGCGCCGCUGGCGGCGGAACCGGCCGCUGGCUCCGCAGGGGCAGCUUCCGCCGGCGUAUCCCUGGAGAGAACGCUGCAGAUGACCCCUGGGGUGCUGUGCGCGUCGGUGACUCCGAGCCGCAGCAAGCGAGACGAGCUCGAAGCGCACGUUGUCUACACCGUCUCCCCUUCCUCCGCGCCCGGCGCGUCCCCCGCGUCCCCCGCUUCCUCCGCUUCCCCCGGUUCCGCCCCGCCCUCCGCUUCCGCCGACCUUUCGCCUCCCCCCGCUUCCCUCUCCCCCGCCGCGCUCCUCGCUAUCAUCCACGCGGCGGGGUUCCCUUCCGCGACCCUUCUCUUCGACUCCCCCUCCCCCUCCCCCGCCUCCGCCUACUCUGGCGGCUCCGGCUCCUCUGGCUCUUCUGGGUCGCAGCAUCAGCAGGUGCGCUUCCACCUUAAGGGCCUCUCCGAGACUGCUUUAGUAGCUACUAUAGUAGGUACUACCUCCGCGCCCGAGGCGCCGGCGAAACACGCGAUGUCCGCCUCCUCCCCGCCUCUCACGUUCUCCCCCCACCUCUCCGCCACCCUCCCCCUCCCCACCUUCAUCGAAGCUUCCCUCUGCCUCCUCCCCGGCGUUUCCGCAGCAGCAGUCAACGCUCCCAACCAACACGUCACCGUCUCUUUCAACCCCGAUAUAAGCGGCCCCAGGACUCUCCUAGAGGCGCUACACGCGGGCCUAGUCCUAACCGGGCGCCUGGAAAAAGUCGAACUGGCGGACAGGGAGGGGGGGGGACUGGGCGGAAGCGCGGGGUCGAAGCAGCGGAGGAGGGAGAUCCAGAAGCUAUGGCGGCAGUUUAUGUGGAGUCUGGUAUUUUCUGUGCCGGUGUUUCUGCUGGCCAUGGUGCUGGAUCGGAUUCCGCCCUUCAAGGACUGGCUUAUGUAUCGGAUUGUCAACUGCCUCACCGUGGGAGCCCUAUCCCGUUGCAUCCUCACCAUCCCCAUGCAGUUCAUCAUCGGCUGGCGCUUCUACGUGGGCGCGUACUACGCUCUGAAGCGCCGGUCCGCCAAUAUGGACGUGCUGGUCGCCAUUGGCACCAACGCCGCCUUCUUCUACUCAGUCUUCAUCCUCAUUGCCUCCGCCGUCACCCCCCCGACGCUCCUGGCCCCACCUGCUGCUGCUGCUCCCCCGGCCACCCUGCCCCCCCCGGGCCCACCGGCAGCGUCCUCGUUAGAAGCAGGUUCGGUAGUACCAGGAGUAGCGCCGCUGCCCCCUGGUGCUGCUUCUGGGUUCAAUGCGUCUAGGGCCAACUCGUCUAGGGUCGAGCUGACGGGUACUGGUGGUGCUGUUAGCAGGGGAGAUGGCUUCGCAGGGUUGACAGAGGGUAAUUGGGAUUGGAUUAACGCUGUUAAUAACAGGAACCAGCGCCCCACCCAAACUGCCACUACUGCUAGUGCUGCUGGUGGUGGUGGUGCUGCUGCUGCUGCUGGGUCUUCCUCUCCCCGCCUCUCCGCCCGCAUUCUGCACGCCCUGCGCCUAGCCGUGCCCCCCCGCCUGCUGGCGGCUGUGCGCCGGCAGGAGCUGGCUGGGCGCCUCAGGGCCGAACAGCUGAGAGCUGAGCGGUCCUUGAAGGCUGAACGGUCCCUGGAGGCCGAACGCUCUCUGGAGCAGUCUUUGGUCGGGCGGGUGCAUGCGGCGCAAUCCCGUGCUGAGAGUAUGAGGAAGGAGCGCGCGCUAAGAGCUGCUGGUGCGGCUCCUGAUGCUGCUGCUUCUGGUGCUGCUCCUAACGUGACUCCCUAUGCCAACACGGUAGGCGUAAGUGGCAGUAGUGGUGGUGGUGGUGGCAGCAGUGGUGGCGGCAGUGGUGGCAUAAGUGGCAGCAGCACCGUUGCGGCUGCUGUUAGCAGGAGCGGAGGGAGCAAUGUGGCAAGGCGCAACAGCAGCAGUACCAGACCCAGCACCCGCACCGGCACCAACAGCAGCAGCAGCCGUGGGGGUAUGCAGGCAGGAGCAGCAGGAGCAGCCGGCGCAGCCGCAGCAGGAGCAGCAGCAGCAGAAGCAGAAGCAGCAGGAGGCAUGAGUCAAGGUCAGGGAGAGGGAGAAGGGGGAGGAGGAGAGGACGAGAUGGAGGUAACCUACGCGUACGCUGGGAUCGAUUUCUUUGAAACAAGCGCGCUGCUGAUCUCGUUCAUCAUCCUCGGAAAGUACCUGGAAGCUCUGGCGCGAGGCAAGACUAGCGAUGCUAUAGGGAAGCUGCUUAAGUUAGCUCCUGACACUGCUACUCUGCUAGAGGUUGAAUAUGAUUUGGAGGAGGAAGAGGAGGAGGAGGGGAAAGGCGGAGGGAAGGGGGGGGCGGUGUUGGAGAUUAAGGAGAGUGGUGGUGGGGGUGGUGCUGGUGCUGGUAACCCUACCCGUGCUGUGGUUACCACGACUAGCAGCGGCAGCAGCGGUUACGGUUACACGGAAUCAGGGAGAAGGGAGGGGAGCUUUAUGCAUAUGAUACAAGCAAACUAUAGCUUUCAGUCUGUUGAUGACGUGGCACUCUUUGAUUCGGCGCGACAGGUUGGAUUCAGCUUCAAAUCUGAGGCGUCCCUUGAUAUGAGCAUGCCGGCACUAGAUGCACACAUAAGGGAGGGGGACAUGAGCUUUGAGUCGAGCGAUUCUGGACCGGUUUAUUAUGGAGGAGGAGGAGGAAGGAGGGAUGGGAUGGGUGGGAGGGUGGGGGAGGGCGGGGAGGGAGAGGAGGCGAGGGGGUUGGUAGAGGGGGAGGAGAAGAGGGUUUACGAGCUGGGGGUUAUGGAUGGUGGGUGUGAUAGUGCAGAGGAGAGUGGGAGCGAGGAGGGGGGACAGGGGACUGCCAGGAAGGAAGGGAAAGAGGGUAGGGAGGAGGGGAUAGGGGGGGAGGUGGAGGAGGAGGGUAAGUGCGGUAAGGAGGGUAUAGAUGGCAAGGAGGUGAAGGAGGGGGGUGAGAUGAGGGUGGUGGGCGAGAGGGAGAUUGAAGCCGCGUUGAUCCAAAGGGGCGACAUCAUUCGAGUGGUGCCCGGAGCCAAGAUCCCCACGGACGGCGUCGUGGUGUGGGGGCACACUUAUUUGAACGAGAGCAUGAUCACUGGGGAGUCCCGCCCAGUGCUGAAGGAAGCCGGUUCGGACGUGAUAGGCGGAACGCUCAACCUGGGGGGCAGCAUCCACGUGCGCGCCACCAGGGUGGGCGGGGAGACGGCCCUCGCACAGAUCGUGCAGCUGGUGGAGGCGGCUCAGAUGGCCAAAGCUCCCAUUCAGAGGGUUGCUGAUAGAAUUUCAGCUAUUUUCGUUCCAACGGUGGUCCUCAUCGCCCUCAUAACCUUCGUGCUGUGGCUGGUCACCGGCUACGUGGGCGCCUUCCCCUCCUCCUGGCUGCCCCAGGGGAUGACCCUCUUCGAGCUCGCCCUGCAGUUCGGGAUCUCCGUACUCGUUAUAGCGUGCCCCUGCGCGCUCGGGCUCGCUACCCCCACUGCUGUGAUGGUGGCGACUGGGAUCGGCGCGCAGCAAGGAAUCCUCAUCAAAGGGGCCGACGCACUGGAGAGAGCACAUAAAAUCGAGACAGUGGUCUUUGACAAGACAGGCACGCUCACCCAAGGCCGGCCCAGCGUCACCUCCUGCUCGCUCUUCUCCUCCCGCGUCUCCCAGUCCGAGCUACUCGCCAUCCUCGCUGCUGCUGAGGUGAGCAGCGAGCACCCUCUAGCCAAGGCCAUAGUGGACUACUGCCUCUCCUCCCCCCACAUGCCCAAGACCUUCCCCAACCUCUCCCACAUCCCCCUCCCCUCCUCCCCACCCUCCUCCUCCCUGCCCUCCUCCCUGCCCUCCUCCCACACUCCUCCCACUCUUCCGUCUACUCUUCCCUCCACUCUCCCCCUUUCCUCCUCUGCCUCCCCUCUCCCCCACUCCUCGUCCCCCUUCCCUUCCUCCUUGUUCCUCCACCACUACUCACCGUUCUCCAUCCCUUCAUCCACCUCCCUUCACCCUUCCCCCCAUCGAUCCGUCGUCUCCCAUCCAUCCCCCAACUCCACUCUAUCAUCCACACCCGAUCACCCUCCUGCCACUGCCACCACCAAUACCAUCGCUUCCCACGACCCCGCUCCUUCCAAGAAGCUUCUGCACACUCUCCCCCCUGCGGAGGAAUUUGAGGCGAUCGCAGGGCACGGCGUGGUGUGUCGAAUCAACGGGCGCCACGUGGCAGUGGGGAACCUAAAGCUCAUGAGGACGAGCACUGUCGUUAUGUGCAACGGACCGGCCUCGGGUCAAGGGGAGAACGGCUCACAGGCAAAUACCACAUGCGGCACAGAAAGCAGGCCAGACAACACCACCACUACUGGUACCACCGCCAGCACCAGCAGCACCACUACCACCACGGUCACCUCCACCACCAGCACCACCACAGACCCCUCUUCCCUCCCUCCUCUCCCCCGGGGCGUGCUCGAAUGGCUGGAAGAAACCGAAGCAGGGGCAGAGACCGACGUUCUGAUCGCCCUAGACGGCCACAUCAUUGGGGGUGUCUCUGUCUCUGACCCAGUCAAACCCGAAGCAGCAGCCGUGGUGGGGAUAAUCCAAGGCAUGGGUAUGCGUGCAGUGAUGGUGACAGGAGAUAACUGGGGCGCGGCGAGGGCGGUGGGGAGAGCAGUGGGGAUCGAAGGGGAGGAUGUAGUUGCUGAGGCUUUACCAGGGGAUAAGGCCUCGUUUGUGAAGAGGGUUCAGGGGGAGGGGAAGCAGGUGGCAAUGGUGGGAGACGGGGUGAAUGACUCUCCUGCUCUUGUUGCUGCUGAUGUGGGAAUCGCCAUCGGGGCGGGGACGGAUAUUGCGAUCGAGGCGGCGGAUAUUGUCCUUAUGCGGUCGUCUCUCGAAGACGUCGCGACAGCCGUUGAUCUCGCGAGGACCGCGCUUCGACGGAUCAGAUUGAACUACGUCUGGGCGUUCGGGUAUAACAUCACGGGUAUCCCCAUUGCAGCGGGGGUACUCUUCCCAACUGCCCUGCGGCUGCGCCUCCCCCCGUGGGUUGCAGGUGCUGCUAUGGCUCUGUCUUCAGUGAGUGUCGUCUGCUCCUCCCUCUUGCUGAGGCUUUACAAGAGGCCAAGGAAACUUGACCUGAUAAAGCUCGAGGUAGACAAGCGAGGGUAAAGCUUUUUGUUUCAUUUCUAUUGGGGGAAGGGGGGGGAGGGGAGGUGGACCUUUUGACAGGUGAUGCUGCUGCUAUGGCUUUACAAGAGUCCAAGGAAACUUGACCUGGUAAAGCUUGAGGUAGAGAAGUAAAGAGUAAGGUGUGGUUUGGGUUUCUCUUAUCCAUUGCUUACUUUGCCGGGAGUAAGGCAGGUCCCUAGGCCAACGCAUCUUGACCUGUCUGCUCUGCCCGCAGUGACUGGGCCAGCUGCUUGCUUGCCCCCUCAUUGCCCCCUUGCCCUGCUGCUGCUGCUGCUGCCGCCACUACUGCAGCCAUCCCAGGCCAAGACAGCUUGACCUAAUCUAGUCACCGCUGGUCCAGCUGAUUAGAAUAGAGGGGGUUGGGUUACUUAGAUUUUGUGUGCAUGUACACAUGGUACUGAUCCCAUUUGUAGCAUGCUUUAUG